AUGGGUUUAACUAAACAAUAUUUAGCUUAUAGAGCUGUAGAUAGUUUUAAUAUUAUCGCCAGUGGUCGCAGUAAUGUGAAUUUUGUGAUUUAUAAUAAAAUUGAGGGUCGCUAUGUGGUGGCAGCCGCUGCUGAAAAUGUUAUUAUUUGGGAUUUAAGAUUGGGCGAACGUGUUGUAACCUUUAGACGUGACAAACAGGAGGUAACCGCUCUACGUGUAUCACCCGACCGUCUUCACAUUGCUAUUGGCUACAAUGAUGGUGUAGUGGAAAUUUUCGAUUUAACCAAUCCUGAAGUUUCAGUUUGUUCCUUAGCUGUACACAAAUCGGCCAUAUCCAUCUUGCGUUACGAUGAACAGGGUAUACGUCUAGUUUGCGGCAGUUUAGAUUGUGAAUUAACGGUAAUCGAUGUUAUCGAACAGGCUGGUAGUCAACGUCUUAUUGGACACAAUGCUCCCGUAACUGAUGCUCACUUUAUGGAAAAGUUUAAAGAACAAAAUAUAGUGGUUAGUUGUUCUAAGGAUACACAAAUUAAAUUCUGGAAUUUGGAAACUCAAUUUUGCUUUAAAACUAUUGUGGAUAAUCGUACUGAAGUCUGGGCUUUGGCGUUUGUUAAUGAUCUAAUGAUAGCCGGUUGUGGGGAAUCUACCAUGAAUGUAUAUCGCUUAAAACCUAGAGAUGUUUCACAAACUGAAAAUCAAAAUUUGGAAGCUGCUGUUGAGGGUCUGUCCAUAGAUGAUGAGGAUACUAUUAGUCCCAUAACGGUAUUAAACUGUGGUGUUAUACAACGAGCUGGCAAAGGACGUUGUGUUAAUUUGGUGGCAGAUGUUUCGGAAAAAAUAAUAUCUUGUCAUGGUACUAACGAUUUGAUAGAAAAUUUCUAUAUUUGUAAUGAAGAGGAGGCUAAAAAGCGUUUACAGAAAAGAUUAAAGAAAUUUAAGAAAUCAUCCGAGGCGGAAGACAACAAUGAAGAUUUUUCCAAAGAGUUAUCACUAUCUGAUGAAAUUAAAAGACUGGAGAGCAUAAAGGUGAAACAAAAGAUUAAAUCUAUAGAUGUUUUAUUGGGAGCCAAAGAUGAAUUGAGAGUUUUG